CUCUGCCCAGAAUCCCAAGCCACCCAGCCUCCUGGAACAGCCCUGAACCUUGUUGACUCGUUUCAGCCCCUGGGGUCCCUGCCCAUGGGCGUCCUGCCGAGUCCACCCGGUGCCCGGCCCCCAGCGCCCUGGCCCCUCGGUACUGCCUGCGGCGGGAGCUGCCAGCUUUUUGGAAUUCCUAAUGCUCCUGGCCCCGGUGAUUGGCUGCUCAGCUCUGACCCCACUUGGGCUGCCGCCUGGUUGGAUAAAAGGGGAAUCUCCUUGGGGCUCCAGAGCAUUAGACACCGGAGGGGGCACCUGGGACCAACUUCGCGAAGCGGGGAGCCCGGCGGGGGGGUGGGGGGAGCGAAAGACCUGCGGCCUCAGCCCCUCCAAAGAACCGGGAGAUGACGGGGAAAGCGGGGGAAGCGCUGAGCAAGCCCAAAUCCGAGACUGUGGCCAAGAGUUCCUCGGGGGUCGCCCCGGCCAGGUGCACGGGGUUCGGCAUUCAGGAGAUCCUGGGCUUGAACAAGGAGCCCCCCAGCUCCCACCCGCGGGCUGCCCUCGACGGCCUGGCCCCCGGGCACUUGCUGGCGGCGCGCUCCGUGCUCAGUCCCGCAGGAGUGGGCGGCAUGGGGCUGCUGGGGCCCGGGGGGCUCCCCGGCUUCUACGCGCAGCCCACCUUCCUGGAAGUGCUGUCCGACCCGCAGAGCGUCCACUUGCAGCCGCUGGGCAGAGCGUCGGGGCCGCUGGACACCAGCCAGACGGCCAGCUCGGAUUCUGAAGAUGUUUCCUCCAGCGACCGAAAAAUGUCCAAAUCGGCUUUAAACCAGACCAAGAAACGGAAGAAGCGGAGACACAGGACAAUCUUUACUUCCUACCAGCUAGAGGAGCUGGAGAAGGCAUUCAAUGAAGCCCACUACCCAGAUGUCUAUGCCCGGGAGAUGCUGGCCAUGAAAACGGAGCUACCAGAAGACAGGAUACAGGUCUGGUUCCAGAACCGCAGAGCCAAGUGGAGGAAACGGGAGAAGUGCUGGGGCCGGAGCAGCGUCAUGGCGGAGUACGGGCUCUAUGGGGCCAUGGUGCGGCACUCCAUCCCCCUGCCAGAGUCUAUCCUCAAGUCUGCCAAGGAUGGCAUCAUGGACUCCUGUGCCCCGUGGCUGCUGGUUCAAGAUGGCUUUCCCAGGCGCUUUUCUAAACCCGAAUACCAACAAUUCUUUUUAGGGAUGCACAAAAAGUCGCUGGAGGCCGCAGCGGAGUCGGGGAGGAAGCCCGAGGUGGAGCGCCAGGCCCUGCCCAAACUCGACAAGAUGGAGCCGGAGGAGCGGGGCCCCGACCCUCCAGUGGCCAUGUCCCAGGAGGAACUGAGGGAGAACAGCAUUGCGGCGCUCCGAGCCAGAGCUCAGGAGCACAGCACCAAAGUGCUGGGGACUGUGUCUGGGCCCGACAGCCUGGCCCGGAAUACCGAGGAGCCAGAGGAGGAGGACGCCAUGGAAGAAGACAGGCCAGCAGAGAAGCUGAGUCCACCACAGCUUGAGGACAUGGCUUAGGUCAAGGGCACGCAGCUACCGGAGCCCCAGGACUCUGCUCUCUUCGGGGCCUGUGGUGUCGGGAGGUGUUCUCUGAGGCAGGGCCCGGGCCUGGCCUCUGCCCCCCCCCCCCGGCCCCACAGGCCCUCCAUGACCCCCGGGGUGACUUCAGGCACAACUCAGUUCUGGCCGAGGCUUUGGGCCACGCGGAGACACCCCCUAUCUGGUCUUGACCUCUCCAGCAUCCUCCCCUUCACCCCAACAGCCCUGCCUCAGAAGCUUUCUUGCUGUCCCAAACCACCCCUUCAAGCCGCUUUCACUCAAUCCCUUGGCGACUCUCCCUGCCCAAAUCCACCCCUUACUCUCUGUUCUCUCCCGUGAAAGAGCCUCCCCUUCCCAGCUCUACACCCGCUACGGAUCCUGCUCUGGCCGGGCCCAAAGCCCACUGCUGCAGACUCAUUGCCUGCCACAGCGGUGACAGGGAUUGAGGACCCGCACUCUGGCACCAACGUCCUGAGCCCCCCAGUCUUCAGUAAAACUGUGCUCGCCAGCCUAUUCCCUCCUGAGGGCCCGGGCCUGGGCCUCUGCGGUGUGGAUGUGCUGCCCCGCAGGUCCAGCUACAACCUCUGCCCACGGUCCAGGUUAAACUUGGAAGGUCUCAGCCUGAGCCCCUCGGCCACCCUCUGUCUCAUGCCCUCCACGGUCACCCUUAGGAACCUGCCGGCCCUCUCCACACCCAGCCCGCCCCACCGUUCCCCCCAGCAUGGGUCCCAGCACCACACGGGGCCAUGUACAAUAUCUGUAGAGGCCUGGGCCCUGCAGCCAGGGGGUACACGUCACAAAUGCUGUGGUCAUGGCACUGUUGGGGAGGCCGAACUCUUACCUGGAGCCCUGGGGCCUGCGUUCUGAAGCAUCCUGACCCCCCUGGUGUGAUGCCUGUGACCCUGACUUGCCAUGCAAGACACCCUUCUAGAGCUUCUUGCAAUUUAUCGGUUCGCAUGUGACUUGCCUUGGAGCACCCCAAUCCAGCUGUAAAAUGAACCCAUAAGAAGCUACAGAUCUCGACUCCACUUGAUCCAGACCAUCCUCGGGAGGCCAAGCUUGGAGGGGGCCUGGGGCUAUUAUAGGCAUCAAGGAGUGGUCACCAGAAGAGUGAGAAAGAGAAAGGGCUCAAAGGAGAGCAAAGCAGGAGCCGGUGUUCAACUCAAACCAUGCCCGGUGUAUGCGUGUUGUCUGCCCGCUAGAAUAGGAGGGACAUAGUGACCGUGUAGGAAUAGGUGACAGGGUGCUUCUUCCUGUCUGCGGAUGAGAGGAACUGUCCGUACGGGUGGCCUCCCUGCAGCUGCCCCUGGGCCAGAUGCAGGUCUCCCUCACCCCCCUGACAUUUCCCUCUGCCAUGCCACCCACCCUUGCAGGGAAUACCUCGCAAGAGGAAGGUCUGAGACAGUGAGUUGGGGUUUUAAUUCCGUAUCAACAGUUGAUUUCUUCCUCAUCCCGUUCAUGGAACUCCCCCCUCUUCUUCUUCUUGUCUUUGUCCCCAGUUGGUUUGAAGUGUUAGACUGUAGCCCCUGCUGUGUAAAUACUGUACAUAGAGUGGGAAGAAAGAAACUUGAUAUUGAGGUGUUCGAAAUAUGGAACUGUAAUAACUUCUAGCUCUUCCAAACCUGUGAUUUCUGUGCCAUUUUCUGUAAAGACACAAGUAAGAAUAAAAUUGAUGUAAAAACGUCAGGGGAGGAGGGAUCCAGGAAUCCUCCGUGGGUGAGGAUGGUGUAUGUAUGGGUAGCAUAAAAAGUAAAUCCAUGAAGGCAUUUUUAAAUCCAAAUUACCAGAUUCCUCUUUUGAAAGUACUCCAGCCGCACUGACACCGUGGCCUGCCUUUCUCCACUGAGCGGACGCCACCUUCCAGGGGCACUUGUCACCGUGAUUUGGGACCCUCCUCCACUGCAGACACACCUGAAAUAUCCCAAUCCUGCCUUGCCCCCCGCCCCCACCAGAGUACCGACUCCCUCCUUUUGUGUACAGGUGUGCACUCUUAAGAUCUUGCCUACAACCCAAACACAGCGGCAACAUGUGGGAAAGGCAGCGGUCUCUGGAAGUAAAAGUCAAACAAACCUGAGCUAAAUCCUGUUAAAGAGACAGGAAGUAAACAUGGGAAAGGACUGCAUGAAAUUGUCCACAGACAGCUGCUACCCGGUGGCUCCACGAUGUGCUGGCUGGAAUUGCAAGCUGCGAGAGAGGAGGGAGCUGGCCGGAUAGCUUCUCUUUGAGCUUUCGGCUUCAGAAAUCUCAUAAGACUGUUUCAGAUUGCCUCAGAUGUGGAACUCCCUCCCAGAAGAGAUCUUCCUGGAGGCCAUCGUCAAAGGAGAAUGACAGGGAGCCAGUAGUCCCCGCACCCUGUCUUGGGAGUGGGUAUAAUCCUCCCGGACCCCGAUCCUUGAGGGCACAUGUGGGAAAUCUCCAACUGCGAUGUGGUGAAGGGAAAGAUCCAAGAGCCUGGCUUCAAGUCCUGCCCGCACAGGCUCCCCUGGGCCUUUUCUGAGAAAGUCAGGUCCCUGUAGGGCCCACUAUGGCCCCUUGGCCUAGGAAUGCCCUUCCUCCACCCUGCCCACCCCCACCACUCCAGGAGAGGCACUGCCACUUACCCUACAAGCCCCCUCCUCCCCAGAGCCUUCCUGAUCCUCCAGGGAGAGUUUACAGGAGAGUUCUUUCCUAGCACUUGAACACGCCUAGACAUCCCUCCAUUACGGUACCGUGUGUAAUUUCGUGUAAUCUUUUGUUUUCAAGUCUAUCUUCCUCACAAGACUGAUUUCUUCAAGGGUGGGGAUUAUAUCCUGUUCAUCUUUUAACCCCAGGAACCAUCAAAGGGCCUGACAAUCUAUCGUUGAAUGCACGGAUGAAUGUUCUCCCUCUAACUCAUCCAUUUAUUCAAUCAUUUAAAAACAUUUAUUGAGAAUCUCCUGAGUACCAGGCAGUGGGGCAAGGCAGUAGGGAUAUGGUGGCGGCCGGAGCCGUCUUAUUUGGAGGGAAAGAGAGAAUUCAAGGAAUCACAGUAAUAAGUCAAACACAGAAUUGCCAAUGUUCUAAGGCCUUGGAGGCGUGAGAUAGGGGGCCAUGAAAGCCUAUCUGUGGGACUUGAGUCAAGGUGUUGACCUCUGUGCCUCUCUCCUGGGACUGAUAACGUCUGUCCUUCCAGUGUCAUAGUGUUGUGAGGAAGCAGCAAGGAAACUGGCAAAGGUGCCACACGAGCACAGGGGAAGCGGGGGAGGGAGGGCGCACACCCACAUAGUCUUCUUAAGCCCAGGGGUCCACCUUGGCAGCUGCCCCCCGCCCCCACUCGGUUAGAUCCGGGGGACAACUGGGAUGCUCAGAGAUGUGGGAGAUGACAACCGCCCCAGGGGUUUGCCUUGAGAAGAGGCAUGCUGCUUUCUGCAGAGGGACCCAUAGACAAACCCACAGGCGAUCAGUGAAGGGAGAGGUGGGGACACUGCGGAGAGAAAGCAAGGACCAGGAAAGGAAGGGCUUGGACAGCCAGGGGCUGAACGAAGAAGGGAAAUCCUGCUCAGUGCCGACUGCGAUCCUGGGAGGGACUUUUCCCCAAGGAUCCUGCAACCCAGCACCUGGAAGAAAGACUUUUUUGCAGGCUUCCCAGGCCCAACAGGCUACCCACAGAGGGCUGCAUGUGCCAGGAAGAGCCUGGCAGGGAUAGAUGAGGAGUCUGGCUGGUGGCAGGAGGUCGGAUGGACCUCUGGGGCCUGGUCCAUUCAGCUUCCUCUGUCUCCUGAACCCCCAGAUCACCAGGGGCCUUGGAGUCUUCCUUCUGCUCCCACCAGAGCUGCAGGGCCCUCUCCUCCCCGACUGUCCUGGGGACCUGGGGGCAUGGCACCUAGGUCAUCAGCUGUAGCAAAGGUACACGUACAAAUGGCAGAUGUGAAUCAUCGGGGAAACUGGCGACGGGUUUACGGGAACUCUCUGUGCUAUCGUCACCAUUUUUCUAUAAAUCUAAAAUUAUUGCAAAAAAAAUUAAGUUUAUUAACAAACAAAGAAACAAACAAA